AUGAAUAAAGACAAACGAGAACUAGAAUAUCCGGCUGAAUUAGAGUCACAGUUCAUACUUAAGCUUCCUGAACAUCCUGCUAAAAUACUACGAGAAUUGUUAAAGUCAGGUGAGAAUUUGAAAAAUCGUCUUACCAUACAGAUUGAUAAUGAUAUGCGGCGUGGAGAGGUACGCUUGGAUCAUUGGUUGAUGCAUGCUAAAAUAAUUGACCUUCCAACUAUUGUCGAGUCCUUGAAAACUAUUGAUGGUAAAAGUUUCUAUAAAACAGCAGAUAUUUGUCAAAUGAUGAUUUGCAAAGAUGGACCAGACCAACCAAUAGCUGAAGAAGAAAUACCAACAAAAAAUAAAAAAAAGGAUCCUUAUAAGGUAGAUAAAAAGUAUUUGUGGCCCCAUGGUGUAACUCCACCAACUAAGAAUGUUCGUAAACGCAGAUUUCGAAAAACUCUAAAGAAGAAGUUUGUUGAAGCACCAGAAAUAGAAAAAGAAGUUAAGAGGCUACUCAGAGCUGAUAAUGAAGCUAUCAGUUUCACUUGGGAAGUUAUCAAAGAAGAAGAUGAAUCGAACAAGCCUGAACCAACCACAUCAAAAAAUACAAAACCUGAAAAAAAGUCAAAAACUAAACGAGGCUCUAAACGAGAAUUAACAUUGCAUGCCACUAAACCAGAGUCAUCAAACAUUGUUGAUAUAUUUGGAGGGGGUGUGAGCGAUAGUGAUUUUGAAGAUGAAACUGUUAAUGUUGAUUUGCAAAACAGUCGUCUAUCAGUUUGUGACAGUCGUCUUUCUGGCAAUAGCACGAAUCAAAGUUUGGGUGAAUCACUAACUAAAUCAUCAGCCUUACCCAUUGAGUUUGGAUCUCAUAUGUUCCAAUCAUCCCAGGGAGUAUCAUCAACUUCUGAUGCAAAGUGUGAUCUCUCAUCUGAAGAUGAUGGUGAAUUUAGCAAUGAAAAAGAUGAUAUGGCUUUGAGAAUUAAUCAACUUAAAUUGGAAGUGGAUGAACUGAAACAACGCCGACAGAAGAUCAAACUUGAAAUUUCAGGAAUAGAAAACUUAGCUCUACGUCAAAGAUUUCAAGAUAACCUACACACUCUCAAUCAAGAUAUAAUGUAUAAAGAAAUGGAAUACCAGGGUCUUCUUACUCUGCAAAACUCUGAGGAUAUUUAAAAUGCAGAUAUAGCAGAAAUGUACUAUUUUUAAAAUAGUAAAAAUUGAGUUUUAUUGAUUCAAUUUGGAUAUUUUUCAUUAAUUCUUUUCAAGAGUUAUAUUAUUGAUUACUUAAUUUAAGUGAAUUUAUUUGUUGUACUGUUUUAAUUGAUUAUACUGGGAGUAAGGGAACCACUUUCGUAAAUUAUGACAGUAGAAACUAAAAAGUAUACAUGGACUAAAUGAAAAUUGUUAUAAAAUUGUGUAUUUCACUAAUUAUUGCACUUCAUGCAAUGCUACUUGUGAAUCUGAAGAGCAAGCUACUGUCAAGUCGAAUGUCAAUAACAUGAGUAAAAGCAAUAGCAAGUUUAUAUAUUGACAUGAUUAAUUACUGUUUUAACUUCGAGAAUGAUUACUUAACACUUUUGAAUUCAGGGUAAAAAUAAAAAAAAAUUAUAGAUUUAAUUUAUAAUAAAAAUUAUCUGUAUGUGAAAUAAUUGAUAAUGUAUAGCAAGUAGCUAAACCUAACAUUCCAAUUAGAAACUGAUUGGUGAAAGUACAUUAAA